GCAAAUGCUGGCUGUCCCGUCAAAGACUUCAUAUUCCAGAUACACUGUGCUCUUGCUAUCGAUGCCAUUCACACUCUAUCCGAAGAGGUUGCAAAUCACUCAAAUCAAUACGCUCAGGUUCUCGUUGAGAACAUGAGCUCACUGUCUAGCAGUAUCCUGCUAUGUGUCACUUCACAGGAUACUCCUCAACCUUGAGGCAAAAUACAACAACAAACCUGAAGAGUAGGCGGAUACAGCACCAGGUUGUGGAGGGACCUUAACCUAUUCACGAACACGUUGACUAAUUUGCAUUUCACUCGAACUAUUAAUAUCCAACUCUUUUCUUUUCCAACCCAGAUCUGUUUUUUUGCAUUCUCCUUUUUGUCAAGUGACUCGGUUAACACAACAAACAACCCCUUCGCUCUGCAACUUCAGCGCCGUUUUGCUAAGGUAGCGACACUUCAAGAUGCCCCUCCUUAUGGCUAGACUCGCUUCGAGUCCAACCUCGCCCAAUAAUUAUUCAUUGCGCACUCCUAUGAUACAGAGGGGCGCGGAGAACAACCUCAUCGUUUCUACUCCGAGCCAGGGCACUGGUCAGAAUCAGCAAACUUCGGCUUCCAGCCAACUUCAGGCAAGCCUCCCACCAAGCAACUCUAUGGCCAGCCGUGAUCCUGCUUUAGCGUCGUCGGGCGUUCAAGACCAUAUGGCUUUCAUGGCUGAGCCGGACAUUUCGACUCCUGCCUCUGCGACUCUUCAGCAAGACAAUGUAUUGUCUGGUGUGGGUCAGCCAAUGGUAGAUCAGCCACUGCUUGUCAUCCCCAAUACCGUGGGCCACAUGGUAUUUCAGCCAUUGCCAGUCGUCCCCGUUGACAUGGGCCCGAUGUUCUUCGAGGAAGGCUGUCCGUGUCCUGGUUGUCAGCAGUGGAUCGCGCAACAGAGGCAACAGAUCAAUGACCUGACCCGUCACGUCGACGGCCUUGAAGCCUCGAUAAGACCCGCCGGUCCCCCGGCGAUUCACUCGACCAAGAAGGUCUUGAUCACCAACCUUCCCAGCGAAAUCCUCAACAUGAUUGUGUCGUAUGUCAUGGGCGGUGUUCACGAGUGGCAUUAUUCUCCGCCAAAGUUCCCGCUUUCCGCCCUAAUAGAAGGCCAGCAGCAGGGCCAGCCAGACGGUCAUGCAUACACUCAUGCGCAACACGAGGGAAAACGUUGUGCCGGUUCUUUGACCGACGAGAAGCUUCAUGGUCUUUCUCAGACAUGCAAGCGAUUUCGGGAUCUUUGCGUUGCCUUUGGGGCGCACGAUUACCUGCAAAUUUGGACAGAGUUUGAUGAGUUUUUGAAAGAUGAUUUCACGCGGCUCUCCGAGGCCAACCGCAAUUCCGGGAUUAUCUCAAGAGUGAAACAUUUGAUUAUUAGCCCCCCUCCAAAUGGUCGUGCUUACGUGAGCCGCCCAAACAAGUGGAAUGGUUGGGGAGAAGCCGGCCGCUUCGAUUGUGUCCGUACAGUCAUCGCAGGCAUGGACAAUCUUGUCUCACUUGAAAUUUCUUCGUCCAAGAAAUACGACACGCUGAGAAAUGCUUUCAAGAAUCGCACCCUUCCUACCGUUAGGAGCAUCACGCUGGACUCUCUUGCUCCUCUCAUGGGAACCCUCAUCCGCUCCUUCCCCAAUCUGCGUGUUUUGAGGAGCCGUUCCACAGGCGUAUGGGACCGUCCGGACAAUGAAGUUUUCAAAUCGCUCCAGAGCUCGCAGUUUAUCGAGACAGCUUGUUUCCUCGGAACAAGAGGCAUCAGAACAAGUCGUCAACAUCGAACCCCUCAGUACGCUGUAGAGGGUCUCUCUCAACUUAAGCAUCUGUUUUGGGAGUUCAGCGAGCCUCAUUGCCAGGCUGAAGAUACCAACAUGAUCGAAGCCCUCAGGGCUCACAACAACAUCAGGAAGUUCACCGUGCUCAGGCACGCCUCUAGACCUCCACCUGACUUUUCGCAGGUCUAUGACGAUGAUACGACCGUCGCAAAUCUCUACUUUGAUCGCAUCCCUCACCUUGAGGAGAUUGGCAUCUGCAGAGCCAAGGACAGAUACGGCUAUGGCCAUGCUGAUAGCGGCACGGUCUUUGUCAGGAUCAAGAAACAGGUUCAAGCAGUCAAACCAGCCGCCAAAGAGGACGGCGACGGAUCAAACAACAAAGGGGGGGAAGAGAAAGAGAUCAAGAACGACAAGAACAACAAGACGGCGAUGACCCCAACCCCGGAAACCAUCACCCUCGAAAAGAGGAAGGUCUUGCGAAUCUACAACUACAGACAAAGCGACGAGUAUCGCAUCAAGCAACUCGAGCUGGGUCACAUUCCGCGCACACCUGACCGCUACCCCAGCCCGGGAAUUGCCCGCGAUCCGGAGUACUCGAUGUUCGAGCUCGAGUGGAGGUGGGCGAGACACCAAACUCUGAAGGAGAUGUACGAGCGCGAGGCGGCUGAGGUUGCAGAAGUCAAAGCUUCCGCUACAAAGGCUGCGAAGGCCAGCGCUGCGGCUGGCAUUCCCCAUGUACCUGUGGUGGAGGGUAUUCCUGCUGUUGCAACCGUGGCUGGCUCAACUUCUUCCACUUCUUCCGUGUCCGGAGGUAUUCCGGUCGCCGCUGCCCAUCACGGCAUAGCCGUACCCCCUUCCAUCUUUGGAGGUGCUGCCGCUGUCGCCAAUCUUCGUCCUAACGAGGCCGCCUCUCGGAGCAUUGACAAAGCUACUAGCAGCUCGAACUCCUCCUCUUCUACUUGAUUUAUCUUCUCAGUCCCUCAUAGCGCGCUAGCGGCUGGCAUUUCACUUCAAGCUGGAAAACAGGUGCUCCAUCAUUUCCUUAGGUAACUCGUCUGCAUCUUCAUCUCAAGAUGAUGGGGGCUUCCUGGCAAGGAAUCAUCCAUGAUGGACAUAAAGAGGCAGAGACCCAAAAAGCGGACCAUUGACGCGAUGCAAGUUGGAAGAAGAAGUAUUGUACAAAGUAGAGCUACGAACAAAGAAUCUGGUCGAAGAGCACGAAGGAACAUAGUAAACAGGAACAGAAAGGCAAAGAGUAUGUACAAAUACAACAACAAAAAGCUUAAAAUAGAUGGAAAUGAGAAAUAAGAAAAAGUAAAGAGAAC